AGAUUACAGAUAAGGACACAAAAGAGUAAUUUACGCAAAUGUCUUUGCUCAUUUCUAGCAAGUUGUAAUUGGUUUAGCAGCUGACCGGCUCACCCAAGAUAAGAAAAUGUAAACCUAUCUUUUAGAUUACGGUGCGGUUUAUUUAGCCUUGUUUACAUUGUGUCGGAUCUUUCGAGACUUCCCCUAUACAAACAAAUAUCAGUUAUUACUACUGAAUUCCUGAUUGCAAAAAAAUGUGACUAGUAAGAUAACAAGGCGGGUAUGGUUAGUGUAUUGUGUGGUCCGAUGCUAACAAGGAGAGGAAAGGCGGAGAGCUGAGCUUGGAAAGCGCGGAUGACAUGAGAACGUGCUAAUUUGACAGGCUAAUCAUUUCCCCUCCAGAUCAGCACAACCAAUUGAAGCUCUCAUUGACUCCAUCUCCUGCCUCUCGUACAUUAAUAGCUACUGUACUGCCCGAGAGUCACCGCCUUUUAUCCACAUUUUUCAGACGAAGCUGCUCAAACUUGAAGAGCCUUUCUAAGACUAGAAUAAUCGCGCUGGCGGAGUGAAGACGUACCAAUUGGAGGCUGGUCUGUGACUGGACGACAACGGCGGAAAGAAGCAAGAUGACCUUUCUACGAUUGUGGAUUUGCUUGUGCGCAGGUUUCACCAGUUCGUUAGGUUUCCAGUGGGGAGGCCUAGGCGCCGGUCAGUGGCAGUCCUGGAGUCAGUGGUCGACUUGCAGUCGGUCAUGCGGAGGAGGAACCGCCAUCAGAAGGCGCAGCUGCGACAGCCCUGUCAGCAAUAGACACUAUCCCCAGUUUAUAUUGAAAAUCUACAGACAACACAACAGAGGGAAUUGUAGAGGGUCAGACGUGGAGUAUACGACUUGCAACUUAAAGGACUGUCCUGUUGCCCUUGUCGUAACACGCGGAGAUGCAGUACGAGCACGAGCUGAACAGUGCGCCAGUUUUAACGGAACGUCAUUCAAUGGACGCUUCUUCUUUUGGGUCCCUUAUUUACGGGUCAAAGACAGUCGCGAGUGUGAGCUGAAUUGUCUCGCAAAAGGACACAAAUUCUUCCUUCGUCUCAAGCCUCACGUGGAAGACGGCACGCCAUGUUUAUCAGACUUGAAGAAAAUCUGCAUCAAGGGAAAAUGUGAGGACCCACCUCACGGAUGCGAAGGAGGAAAAUGUUUCAGGAAAUCAACACGGAUUGGAGAAAGAAGAUUUGGUCUCUUUACGUCUAAACAAUCUUCUGGGAAUCUAGUGCUUGGGUACAACCCCGUGAUCACCAUUCCAUCGGGGUCAACGAACAUCAAUAUUACAGAGAUGCGUAGGAGUAAGAACUACCUCGCUAUCAAGUCGCACGAAUCUGAUAAAUACUUUCUCAAUGGAAACUGGGUGAUCGAUCUACCUCGAGGCUAUCGUAUCGCAGGAACCAAGUUCUACUACAAACGGCCAAAAAGAAACCAGAAGUUUAACGAAGCCGUAAUCUCGAAAGGACCGAUAAACAUGGAUCUGGAUAUAAUGAUAAUCUAUCAAGGCGACGAGCCUAACAUUAUGUAUUCAUACAACUUGCCUCCUCGUGGACCUUCGGGCAGACGUCGGGCUCCCCGACCACCCGCCGAACCUAAAUUUGGUGGCACGGACGUUCUUCCGAGAUAUAGCAACAAACAGACAUUGCUCCCAGCAGAGAAACCUCCGCUACCCGGGGGAGGAGGAUUUAUUCCGACUCGUAGAGGAGUGCCUAACCCAAGACAAGGAGGGCCAAACCCGGGCCUUAACAAUCGAGAACCUGGAAGGGGGAACCUGGGAGCACCUUAUCAAGAAAGGCCAAACCCGGGACCUGGACUUGGCAGGCCAAACCCAGGCUUUGGUAGACCUAACCCGGGACUUGGAAGACCUAAUCUGGGACUUGGUAGACCUAACCCGGGACUUGAAAGACCUAAUCUGGGACUUUGGAGGCCUAAUCCGGGAUUUGGAAGGCCGAAUCCGGGACUUGGAGGACCUAAUCAAGGACUUGAAGGACCUAAUCCUGGAUUCGUAAGGCCCAAUCCUGGACUUGGAAGACCUAAUCCAGGACUUGGAGGGCCUAAUCCGGGAUUUGGAGGGCCUAAUCCGGGACUUGGAGGGCCUAAUCCGGGACUUGGAAGGCCUAAUCAGGGAUUUGGAAGGCCUGAUCCGGGACUUGGAGGGCCUAAUCCGGGACUUGGAGGUCCUAACCCAGGAUUGGGAGGGCCUAACCCAGGAACACCAGAUUCAGGAUUUGGAGGGUCCCCUCCAAAGCUUGCGGCGUACAGAUGGGAGCUGGCGGGAUACUCAGAAUGCUCGCAUCCGUGUGCAGGCGGUCUGAAGUCAGCCUUUUACCAGUGCAUUAGAUCUAUUGACAACGUUCGAGUACAAGACUCCUUGUGUACCGAGAUAGUCGCUAAGCCGGACCGACGAAAGGUGUGCAACAUACAGCCUUGCCCUGCAAGAUGGGUUCCAGGCGAGUGGAAAAAGUGCGGCAAGACGUGUGGUAGUGGUAUCCAGUUGCGCAAUCUUUAUUGCAGGCAGAAAAUGGACGUGGAUGGAAGACAAGUGGAUCGUAAAGUAGAAAUUAACAACUGUCCUCAGUGGUCACGCCCCAAAGUGACGCGACCGUGCCAGCUUCCUCCCUGCCCACCCCCUAACGAGUGGAAAACUGGUCCAUGGAGACAGUGCUCUGUAACUUGUGGAACUGGAAUCGAGACGCGGACUGUGGAGUGUAUGGAUGUGGAACAGAAUAUCACACAGGAGGAGUCGGCGUGUUUCGAAAAGCCUAAGCCGCACACCACUCGUCGUUGUAACCCUGGCGGAUGCAAGACACACUGGUUCAUUGGGAGUUCUUUCACCUCGUGUUCAGUGACUUGUGGUUAUGGCGUGAAAGAGAGACUCGUGUUCUGUGGACGGCAGGGCGGCGAUGCUUUACCCGACAGUCAAUGCGAGAGUAGGUAUCGCCCCAGGUCCACGCAGCGCUGUCGGGAAAAAAGAUGUCAGGCCUCCUGGGUCACAUCAGAAUGGAGCAAGUGCUCGGCAAACUGCGGUCAGGGCAAGCAGACACGGAUCGUGUUCUGCACCAAUGAGGUGCGCAAUGUGCACCAGCAGGUGCCUAUAUACAACUGCAGGCACUCGCCACAACCCGAGAGCGAGAGGAACUGCACAAUCAAGGAAUGCGCGCCGGAGUGGUUCGUCACAAGCUGGCAAAAGUGUUCUACAACUUGCGGUGGUGGGAGUCAACACCGGAUAGUCAUGUGUCUAAAUGACCAGGGAAAACGGGUCGGCGGCUGCGAAGUCUCGAAGAAACCGCUUCAUUGGCAAAGAUGUAACACUCAGAACUGUCCGAGAAGUCGAUGGAGAAGACCGGACAAGUCGAAGGAUUCAUGCAAGGAUGAAAGCAAAGGCAUGUGUAUGAUUGUGGUACAGGCGCGGUUCUGUACAAUCAAGAGCUAUCGAGAACGCUGCUGCGAGAGCUGUAAAAACCUAUGAUGGAGCCUUGUUUAAAAGAGCGUGAGAAAAACGAUACCUCCCAAGAUUGAAUACGGGGAUGUCACGCUGUACGUUUAAUGAUCAAGAGUAAGGAACUUAGAUAAUUAUACGUUUAUAUAUAUACGUUAAAUUACAGUCCCAGAUUUCUUCCUGGGAGAACUAGAUUACUCCAGAGUGCUCGCCCUGGAAUUUUUUUCCAAGCACAGAAAAAAUAAAAACGAAAAUUUUUUAUUUACCUCUUGGGAAUUGGUACUAAAAUACAUCACAUACCGGUCAAAUGCCCUUCUCCUUGAAUCACACAACUCGAUCGUCAUAUUGUGUUGUUUUUAAUGGAAUGGAACAUGACAUAUUUUAGAACCAGUAGUACCAAAUUAUUGGGAGAAAGACGCCCAUCCCCUUCCCUGAGAGAAGCUGCUACGAGCACCGUGAAAAGCGCUUAGUUAACCCUGCUAUAUGGGUCCCACUCAAGAGUGAACCCUGCUAUAUGGGCCCCACUUAAGAGUAAACCCUGCUAUAUGGGCCCCACUCUAGAGUGAACCCUAUUAUAUGGGUCCCACUUAAGAGUGAACCCUGCUAUAUGGGCCCUACUUAAGAGUGAACCCUGCUAUAUGGGCCCCACUCAAGAGUGAACCCUAUUAUAUGGGUCCCACUUAAGAGUGAACCCUGCUAUAUGGGCCCCACUCAAGAGUGAACCCUAUUAUAUGGGCCCCACUUAAGAGUGAACCCUGCUAUAUGGGCCCCACUUAAGAGUGAACCCUGCUAUAUGGGCCCAACUUAAGAGUGAACCCUGCUAUAUGGGCACCACUCAAGAGUGAACCCUGCUAUAUGGGCCCCACUUAAGAGUGAACCCUGCUAUAUGGGCCCAACUUAAGAGUGAACCCUGCUAUAUGGGCACCACUCAAGAGUGAACCCUGCUAUAUGGGCCCCACUCAAGAGUGAACCCUGCUAUAUGGGCCCCACUCAAGAGUGAACCCUGCUAUAUGUGCCCCACUUAAGAGUGAACCCUGCUAUAUGGGGAAAUCGAAAAUACCGGCUUUUGACAACUUAAAGAAAGAAUGCCAAGAGGGGGAAUGGAGAAGAGGGGGGAGGGGAGGGAAGGGAAGGGCUGUCCUUACCUAGGCACGUGCCUACCACGUGCAGCCUUCUGUUGCUAGCCGGCAUUUGUGGAUUAUUCGGAAAUGUUUUGUUUUCGAAUAUUGGGAAUCCUGUGAGGGUGCGAAGAUACAAAAAAAAAAUGUUUCUUCGAACUCUCGCCACAACACAAUUCGGCCCUCGUGCACGCCAAAGGAUUCCCGAUAUUCCAAAACAAAACAUUUCCGAAUAAGUCGGUUAGAUGGCUACAUCUUGUUGUUAAAGGAAGAGCAUCCAUAAUAUGAGUUUGUGGAUAACAAACAUAUGGUGAGGCUUAUAAACAUUAUAAAUCUAUAUACACACAGAUAGAAACUAUGUAUGCGCGAGAGGAUCAACCCUAAUAUGUAUUACUGCAGCAUGACGUCAAUGACAGAGCAAUGUAUUACAAGACGAAGUAUCUAGAAAGUUGCCUAUCUUAGGGCCCCCAAAUGGUCUUUGGCGAGCACUUACGAGCAACCCGUUUUUUAUGCGAGACCGAGCAUUUUUAGGCGAAAAAAAAAAUGCGCGAGCAUGCGAGCACGGCGGAAAAAAAUUGCGCGAACAUGCGAGCGUUAGCCGAACUGCGAGCACAUGGAAAUUUCGGGGGACCAUUCGGGGGCCCUUAUUUUGAAGGCAAAGAGCUGUCAUAUGGUGGUGGGAACAUGUAAACACAGUGAAAUGUACCCUCUCUACACACUGGACCUAUAUUAAUACUAUAUAUUACCAAUAAGAACAUUAUAUUAUAUUACAACAUAUUUUGGUUUUGUACUUAUAAUUAUAUGACAGGGAGGAAAGUUAAAAGAUGUAUAUUAAAAGUAGUUGUUUUUAUUGUA